AUGGCUUUUUCUCACUUGGAAAUUAGUGAUUCAAAUUAUAAGCAUUGUCUAUCUAAAGAUGAGUGGGAUAGAAUUGAGAAGCUUAGCAAGUUCUUAGGAGUUUUUUAUGAGAUUACUUGUAUGUUUUCUGGAACCAAGUAUCCAACAACGAACUUGUAUUUUCCUGCUAUAUUCAAGGCACGCUUAACUUUAGAAGAACAAAAGAAUGGGGAUGAUUUGGGUAUGAGAAAUAUGGCUAUCCAAAUGUUUGCUAAAUUUGAGAAGUAUUGGUCUGCAUUUAGCUUGAUUUUAGCUGUAGCUGUGAUAUUGGAUCCUCGUUACAAGAUUAAUUUUGUUGAUUGGAGUUACAAACAGCUUUAUGGGCAUGAUUCUAUGGAGUUUAAAAAAGUUAAGGAGAGCUUAUUUUCUCUCUACAAUGAAUAUGCUAACAAGAUUUCUCCUAGACAUGCUUCAUCAAAUUAUAUGAAUCUUAGCAAUGACUCAGUUGGCACUGGGAAUAAUGAGGACGAUUUUGAGGAAUUUGACAAUUAUGAAUGCACUAAAUUUGGGAGUUCGAAAAACAAGUCUGAGCUUGAGAUAUAUUUAGAUGAGCAAAGAAUUGACAGAAAAGUAGACUUGAAUAUUUUGCAUUUUUUGAAGGGAAAUCAAUUUCGGUAUCCUCAACUUGCUGCCAUGGCUCGAGAUAUCUUAAGUAUUCCAGUGUCUACAGUGGCUUCAGAGUCUACAUUCAGUGUUGGUGGUAGAAUCCUUGACCAAUAG